CGAACAACCCCAGUCUUUCUAUCGACAUUCUUUGGCACUCGAAGAACAACAGUCAAAUAUUUCGCGAAACACCCGGUUUAAUACCCACUGAAGACGAUCAGUGCGUGAAGGAUUGACCCACAAACUGUAUGCGCAUUGCAGAGAUACAAUAUUCCAUACCUAACCACUCCACGCACAUCGCCUCCCGUCCAAAUAUGGGUUCUACAACGGCUAAGAAGCCGAAAAGAAUUAGCGACGCUCACUAACAUCCGUAAAAACAGUUACUUUUUACUCGAAUAACCGGCAAUUGUUCUCUCACUCAAGAUGCCAAGGCUGUCACUCAUUUGCCAUUUACCGUGGUUUAAACGCACCGGCUACUUCAAAAACGCCGAGGCUACCGGACAUAAAGACAAAGUGUCAAGCAUCUCUGGCCAUGGCGGGACAUUCAAUAUAGGAACAAGCGUCUAUGCGGUUGCCCCCACUCCAUGUCGGCUUCUUCCUGUCAGCCGUCUCGACAAGCUCAGGAAGAAAUCCACUCGCCGUAGUCUCGCUACUGUCUUUCUGGUCCCAGCCUCUGAUAAAGGUGCUAAUGAGACCGUGACGCUGGAUUGGAUCACGAACGCUGUCGAGAACUACACAGCCAGUGAUGGUGUCUUCCACAUCUCCUUCCUUGAGACCGUUAUCUUUAAGGGUGGGGGCAAGAAGAAGCCAAGGAUCAGUCCAAAGGCGCAGAAGUAUCUCUUUGAACAGGGGACCCGGGAUAUAAUACUGUGGUCAGAUGCCGUCGAUCUCCCGCCAGGACCGUAUUACAAGACGGGUAAUCAGAUGAGGGACGUAUGGAAACUUGAAGACGACACAUAUGGCACAUGUAUGGUGACAGUGGCACCCAAAUCUGACCCAUCCGAGUCUUUUCAACCUCUUCACUGGAUUGGUACGCGCCAUCAGUUCCCGAGCUUUGCUCUUCCAUCGAAGGUGCAGACAGGAGACACUGUUGACUUCGAGUCAAAACCUCUUGCUGGGUGGAGAAUAGUCGUCAAGGAUAACAUUCGCUUGAAAGGAACAAAGACUUCACAAGGAAACAGGGCAUACUACGAUGUGUAUGAUGCCAGCAAGGAAAUCGCACCAUGCAUCCAGAAACUGAUUGACAAGGGGGCAAUAGUCGUCGGCGAGACAAAGAUGAACUCGUUUGCCAAUUGGGAGGAGCCCAUUGAGUACACCGAUUAUCAAGCCCCCUGGAACCCACGUGGCGAUCAAUAUCAGUCCAUGGGCGGAAGUAGUUCCGGCAGUGCGGCGGCUGUUGCAGCCUAUGACUGGCUUGACAUCGCCAUCGGAACAGAUACCUGGGGCAGUGUCACUAGACCGGCCCUCUGGUGCGGUUGCUUCGGCCUACGUCCCACUAUGGGCGCCGUUAGUGGAGAGGGAAUCGAACCGCUUUGCAAGGAAUGGGAUACGGCCGGUCUUUUGGGAAGGGAUCUGCAGCGAUGUAUACAUUCCGCUAUGCAAUGGCUGGAUAUGGAGAAAAUGGUGGCGGAACCAAAGCCAUUCACCUCCAUUAUCUGGGCCAGUGACUUUUGGAGUAUCAUCGAUGAUACACAACAAGUCAACAGUGCGCGAGAAUUUGCCCGUAGAAUGGGAUCCAUCCUGAGCGUCGACUUUGAUACUUGGGCUGUGUCUCCCCCACAAGAGGCCCAAGGACUUUCACUUCGAGAGUAUAUAGAGGAUGCGAUAGAAGUUCAAUCCUACGACGCGUAUCAUAACUUUGAAGACUUCCGCAGGAGGUACCAAGAGAAGUUUGGACACACACCAUACGUCUCUCCCCGAAACCAGGGAAUGUGGGAGUUGGCAAAGGGGAUGAGCAAGGAAGAGCGAGACCGUGGCUUCCACAAGAUGGGUGUCUACCGCAAAUGGUUCAACAAGACGAUCUUGAAUGGAAAGCAUUUCAAUGCGCUUGUCAUGAUGCCACUGGAAAAGAUGGAGCCAAGGUAUCGAGAUGAAGUCCCAACAUUUCCACGACCACCUCAAGGAGGAGUAAACGCACUAGCAUUGGGGCCAGUGAUGAAGUCUCCGGUUCUGGCUGUUCCCAGUAGGCAUAUUCCCCAACUUCCAAAAAAGCCAACAUGA